AUGGAUGCCACCGAGAAGAACACCUUACUAUAUAUCGCCGUUCCUUCCUUUUUAUCUCCCGAAACACAUGCACGUGUAAUUAACAACCAAAGUUUCAAGUUUCGCUUCAAAAAAAGAAAGCCCAAGAAAGUGCAAGAAAAUGUCCACGCGUGCCAAGAACGUGUUUGCAAGGUUCUGUUUUUGCCAUGAUGAGGCUGCGGAUGAUGAGAGGCAUAGAAAGCACGUAGAGUUUGAUCAAAUGACGAAUGAAGGAAGCCAAUACAGCCUCAACGGAGUUCCGCUUCCGUCUCUCGGCGCCACCGCCGCUGGCCGCUCCCAGAGAUACAAGCUCCGGAGUUACAUUGUCUCCCCGUACAAUCCUCGUUACAGAUUGUGGAACACGUUUCUGGUGUUGUUAGUUUUCUACACUGCAUGGGUUUGCCCCUUUGAGUUUGGAUUCCUUAACGAUCCGUCGGAUCCUCUUUCCAUUGCUGACAAUGUGGUGAACUUUUUUUUUGCCAUUGACAUUGUUCUGACCUUCUUUGUUGCCUACCUCAACAAGUCUACGUAUCUGCUCGUGGAUGAACCAAAGCUCAUUGCCUCCAGAUAUCUUAGAACAUGGUUUGCCUUUGAUGUCCUCGCCACCGUCCCUUCUGAAUUUGCCCGCCACGUCUUGCCGCCUCCUUUUAAGCAAUAUGGCAUGUUCAACAUUCUCCGUCUAUGGCGUCUCCGUAGAGUUAGUGCCAUGUUUGCAAGAUUAGAAAAGGACAGAAAUUAUAACUACUUCUGGGUGCGCUGUUCAAAGCUUAUAUGUGUUACGCUAUUUUCAGUGCAUUUUGCUGCCUGCAUUUUCUAUUUUCUUGCUUUAGAUCGUGACCCAAGUUCAACAUGGCUUAGCCUGGUUUCUGAUGACGCUCAAAGCAGUGUUUGGAAGCGCUAUGUAACAUCAAUGUACUGGUCCAUAGUGACUCUUUCAACAGUCGGUUAUGGUGACCUGCAUCCAGUAAGUACCAAGGAGAUGGUGUUUGACGUAUUUUAUAUGCUCUUUAACCUCGGACUAACGGCAUAUCUUAUCGGAAACAUGACAAACUUGGUUGUUCAUGGGACAAGCAGAACUAGGAAAUAUAGAGACACGGUGCAAGGUGCGACAAGUUUUGCCCGUCGGAAUCAGUUACCUAUCCGCUUGGAAGAACAGAUGCUUGCUCAUUUGUUUAUGAAGUACAGAACUGAUUUAGAAGGAUUGCAGCAACAAGAAAUUAUUGAAACCCUUCCAAAGGCUAUUAGAUCUAGCAUCGCACACUACCUAUUCUAUCCACUUGUGGACAAAGUGUACUUGUUUCAUGGAGUGUCGAGUGACCUACUCUUUCAACUGGUCACGGAGAUGAGGGCUGAGUAUUUUCCUCCAAAGGAAGAUGUGAUUUUGCAGAAUGAAGCGCCAACAGACUUUUAUAUCUUUGUUACUGGUGCUGCAGAACUCAUCAUUAGAAACAAUGGAAUGGAGCAGGUCGUUGGUGAGGCAGGGUCAGGAGAUAUAGUUGGAGAAAUAGGAGUUCUAUGUUACAGGCCACAGAUGUUUACAAUUCGAACCAAACGAUUGAGCCAAAUUCUGCGCUUGAACCGUACUACAUUUAUAAAUCUUGUUCAUUCAAAUAUUGGAGAUGGGGCAAUAGUUAUGAACAAUUUUCUCCAGCAUUUGCAAGAAUCAAGGUAUCCGGGGAUGGAUGUUAUUUUGGCAGAAACGGAGGCCAUGCUUGCUCGGGGCAAAAUGGACAUGCCCAUUACCACAUGCUUUGCAGUAACCAGAAAUGAUGAUCUAUUGUUGCAUCGUUUGCUUAAGAGGGGUUCAGAUCCAAAUGAAUUAGAUAGGAGUGGAAAGACAGCACUGCAUAUUGCAGCUUCCAAAGGCAAUGAGCAUUGUGUAAAUUUGCUUCUAGAAUAUGGUGCUGAUCCAAAUAGCAAAGAUAUGGAUGGAAGUGUCCCACUAUGGGAAGCAAUGAAGGGUAGGCAUGAAUCCGUGAUGAAAAUUCUCAUAGACAAUGGUGCAGACAUAUCUUUUGCCGAUGCAGGCCAUCUAGCAUGCAGUGCUGUUGAGCAAAAUAACAUGGAAUUGCUCAAGGAAAUUAUUCAAUGUGGCAUGGAUGUGACACAACCUAAAAAAAAUGGAGCCACAGCUCUUCAUACUGCAGUAGUUGAAGGAAACACUGAGAUGAUUAACUUCCUUGUAGACCAAGGAGCAGACAUUGACAUGCAAGAUGUUAAUGGGUGGACACCAAGGGUUUUGGCAGAACAAAGUGAAAGCGAAGAAAUUAAAAAUAUAUUCCAUGACAUUAAAGAUAGCAGAAAACCAGGUGUUAUUCCAAUUUCAAAGAAUGACAACAGGAGUGGGAGGUUUCAAAUUGAUCCAAGCAUGCUUACCAUACCCCAAGAAAGCAUGCUACUGCCACCUUAUGAUGGGAGGAGAAGGUCUUCCAGCUCUUUUGAUAAUUCCAUUUUUGGAAUGAUGUCAACUGCCAAUCGUGCUAAGAGAGAUCUCCAGGCAUCUGAAAGCAGUAGCACUAGAAGGAGUGUGAAUGGAUUAGCCAGAGUGACACUUAGUUGUCCUGAAAAGGGUGAACAUGCUGGAAAGCUUGUUUUGCUGCCCAAGACCCUUGAAGAGCUGCUAGAUAUUGGUGCCAGAAAGUUUGAUAUAUCUGCCACCAAAAUUUUGACCACAAAUGGAGCUGAAGUAGAGGAUAUAAAUCUUGUAAGAGAUGGUGAUCAUCUUAUUAUUGGCGGUAUUGAAGAGGGAAACAAGAAUUGAUUUCCAUACCCUUCUUAUUUUCUCAUGGGUAUCCAUUGUUGUGCAAUAGUAUCUUGUCACUAACUUUUUUUCUCUCUUAGAAACACGUUUUUGUAACUUGUAGAUGACAAAGUUAUUCCCUCCCUCCCCUUCAGCUAGUUUAAGAUUAGUCUAUAGUGGAAAGUGGAAAAACAAGAAAAAUAGCAUUUUUUUUGCC